GGGGGGGGGGGGGAGGAGAGGAAGAGGCAAGAGGGAAACCUUCAUCUGAGGAUGACGCGGAGGAGGGGAUCGCAAACAGCGAUGAAUAGUAGGCCUACGCUGGAAAGGCGAAAAUGAUUACCGUAGAUUCCGAUGGACAUAUAUUCCGAUCUUUAAAAGCAUUGGAUACUCCUUUACGAGCUGCCGGAUUCAUAUUUUUGACUGAGAGACGCUGGAGCUAGAAGAGGGGACACCAUCUGGAGUGAUGGGCUGUCGUUUUUCUGGACCAUGGAUCGAAGGAGAACCGGGGGUGAGUGGGAGGCACGUGUCCCAGCUUAGCAAACAAGAUGCCCUGCGCAUUCUGGCAGCCUAUGAGCAGCCAAUCACAAUGCAGAUCAAGCCACGGAGGCAUUUUCGACAGAAUGGCAACACACAUGGCGAUGGCCGUUCCUGGGAGACCCUCCCUCUCAGCCUGCAGAACCUCAGCCUCCCCCUGCAGGCACCGAGACCCCCUGCCUCGGACCCCAGGGGGAGCCCUGCCUCCCAGGACAGGCGCCAUUGGAGACAUCUGGUGGUCCAACAGGACCGUUGUGAUGAGGGGAUGUAUGAGUACCUACCGACCGCCCCGCAGGACACCAUUGACAUGGGGCCUGUUGGCUACCAGGUGAUUCAGAAAAAUGAUAAAGACUUAACCAGUAGAGACCCAAACAACUCCAGCUGCUUGCUAGGCUGCUGCAACAACCCUGCAGAACCCAGCAGCUUCUACACCCAGCAGAUGGAAGACAGCAGCAUCAUGGCUGAGAAUCCCCAUGGCUACCUCCCCCUUCACCAUGAGCUGGACAGCGGCCUCGGCUGGACAGACGGCUCACUCCACCAGGGGGAUCUCUCCGGGCUGGAGACCGAGGAGGGAGGCCUGGACGAAUGCCACCAAUACAGCAGGGGCUAUGUCCAGGGCGGAUGUGCGGGACACGGCUUCGGCCGCGGCUCUCCGUCCUCAGAGUCCUACAUGUCCUCGGAGCUCAGUGACUCUGGCUUCUGCAGCGUGAGCACCGGGGAGUUCCGGCGCUUCCAGAGGCUGCUGGAGAAGCGGAUGCGGCUGUACAACGCCCGGCUCCACCACCCGGCAGAGCCCUCCGAGAAGAGGGAGCGACGCGACAGCUGUCCCAAGAGCCACCGCGAGCUGCUGGAGGCCAUUCCUGAAGCGCUGGCCAUGCAGCCCCUGCUCCCGAACCCCCGGGCGGGAGUAGGGCACAGCAGUGACCCAGCCAUGGGCUUCUCCCCCUGCGGUCUCUCCAGGGUAUCAUCUGUCCAAUUUCGCAAAGAAGACCAGCCCUGUUUGAACCGUCACAGUUCCAGCAGCGGGGCCCUCUUCAACCCAUCACACGGCCACACCUCCAUGGGGAUGCCCAUUCUUUCCACAUGCAGUACCCCUUCCAGCCACCACAGGCCGAUGGUGCUCGGGAAACAGCAUCAGGCCUCAAACUCAGUUGGGAUUCUGAGGAGAAGUCGUACCCUGCACUAUCGUCCGGCCCCCCACGAGUACCGCCGCCGGGCCAGCCAUCCGGCGUCCCCCUCCUACACCGCAGCAACGCUUGACAGCGGAGAGACCGUGGGACCCCAGGCCCCGGAGCAAAGGGAAACAUCUCCAAGUGUAUUAACGUUGAACCAUGCCAGUCAUGCUCUAUCUCCCCACCCCCAUCCCCAUCCGACCGCUGUGAGCCAUCCUCAGGGGACACACGGCCCCUUCUAUAGCACCCAUUUACCCCCCCAUGACUGGCCUCAGCCACGGGAAAGAAGCAUUAAAACUGAGCUAGUGGUCCCCAAAGAAGAAAGAAUCAGAAGAGCCAGACCACGAGAAGCCAGCCUGCAGAAUGACCCAGAGAAAGACAAGGAUCUGCAAGCAGACCGGGUCCAGGAUGAAGAGAGAAAACGGGAGUUUGUUGGAGACAGCAAGAGCGACCCACACUGUUUCCACACCCUGAGUCUGCCUCCCCAGCCAGGGGACAUCAAUGAAACAUGGCCGAAGCCAGCCAGUCGAUUGUCUCAGGGCGGUGGGUGUGGUGGAGGUCUCUACAGCACCCUUGAAUUGCACUCUAACCCGGGGCCUGGAUCCAUGCCGCAGUGGGCUGACAAUGAAAAGCCAAAUACAAUCUCUACAUCCAAUCCCCACGCACACUCAACCCACAUCACCAACACAAACCAAAACACUCGGCUCUCAAGAAACCAGUUACUAAGGAACAGGGCUUCACGGCUCGCUGAUGAGCGUGGCGGCAUGAGCACCGAUGAGGAGACCAAUACAGAAAUGCUCCAGGGUCGGUACUGGAGCCGCACAGAGAGGAGGGAACAUCUGCUUAUUGCCCGUGAGCAAAGGCAGCAGCAGCAGCGGGCGAGGGGCGCACCAAUGAGAGAGGGACAGUACAACAGGGGAGUCACUGUGGGGGAGGACCGGAGCACAGAGAACCAAGUAUGUGACGAAGACCAGUUCUUUGUGGAGGGGCGGUGCAACACUGUUCUUGAACUCAGCCAGAGGAAGUUGAAUCAUCUUCGGAACAGGAAACUGUACGACGAUUGGACCACUGUAGAGGAGCUGUUGUCUCAUGGAAUCAGAAUGGACAGCAGGGAAAGCAAAGUCUGUCCCAGCAACCUGCUGACCGUCACUACCGUCUAACCGCUCAGUUUAGCCUAGCAUCUGUGGGUGUGGGUACCGGUGUGUGUGUGUGUGUGUUCAGGAUUUUGGUUAUGAUCUGUACAGCACCCUUAGUAGUGAGACACUAUCAGUGGCGGUUUUAGACACGGGCCACCCGGGCGGUGGCCCGGGGCGGCACUUUUUCAAGCCACGUGGGGGGCGGAACGACCAAGUAAAUAAAUAAAUAAUAAUCUGGGCUGCGAAGCGGUUUUCUAUUAUCUAUCAUAUCACUGUGGGGAAUUGGCGAAUUGGCGCCCCCUGUGGCUGCAGGCGCUCCUGCUCGUUGAGAAGGUGCCGUGCGCAGACGGAAUGAAAGCAGACGGAAUGAAACCCCCACUGAAGCCCGUAGGUUCACGACCCCCCCCCCCCCCCGCUUGAAGAUAGUCUUGCCCGGGGCGUAACUGGACGUAGAACCGCCACUGGACACUAUAGAUUAUAACAAAUCAAUAAGGGUCUACCCCUAUUUUUUAAUGAAAGUGUUGUAUGUUAGGGUAUUGUGCAACUUGAUGUCGUAUGGUUUAUUCUACAUAUAUUUCACACAUUUGAUGAAUAAAUAAAUAAAUCCAUAUAUUCUAUAAUUGGAUUCUCAAGAGCAAUGCCAAGUGGCCUAAUUGUAUGAGCUAUACGUCUUCGUUCACUAAUGAAGCUUUUGGUGCAUAUGGCGGGAAGAGAAAAGUAAAAGUGUGAUCAAAAUGAAAAGAUGCAGGUUUUACUGUCUACAAUCAAAAUAUUGCUUAAGUUGGUGUUGUAAAUAUUACAAGAUGUGCUGCUUCUUCUAAGUUGACUUUCUUUCUACCAUGAGCCAGGCCCUUUGACCCUACAAUCUGCAGCGUGUUUACAGAACCCCUACAUGACUGGACUUUACUGCCUUUCCUCAUGUUGGAUUAUCUCAGACGAUGGGCUUUUUUACAUUCUAAAAAGGCCUGCACAUUCAGAAAGCUGUUUGGGAUGUGCAAUACCUCAGUAGUUCAUAACUCCUUACACAAAGUAUUCACCCUUGAAGUCAGGUUCCAUCUUAUGGUGAUACGAAUCAGUUUACCCAAAUAAAACUCAUGAUGCCACUUAGAAAAAAAUAGUAAGAAAAACCACCUGUAGAUAUGGAAGCUUCUCAUAACUAUAGAUAUUUUUCAUAUCACCUUAUUUAAAAUAGUGUAACAUUUUUAUUGAAUCACCAAAAGGAGCCCCGUUGUGACUUUAGAUGGAAUGAUUAACUGUGUUGUUUUAUAUUUAGCAAUUUAAAUUUAGUAAGUUAUACUUUUAUAACUUUCUGAAAGCAGAAAAACAAUUAGCAAAAAAGGUAAGAAACUUUGUUUUAAAGUGUGAACUAUACAUAAUUUGUUAUUGACUUUACUGGUGUCAUUGUACCAAGUGCAUAUUUGAUUUGUUUUACUAUCCAGAAUGUUAGCAAAGAGAUUCAACAGUGUUUUGUUUUGGAUGCUCACUGAUUAAUGAGGUUAAUGGGUUUAUCGCCGUUAAAUACAAGCUAUAUGUAGAGCACACACACACACACACACACACAUAUAUAUAUACAUA